GGCGAGCGCGGCGCGGCGGCACUUAGGGCCUGGCUUCCCGGCACCGUAACCUUCGUCGUGUACCCAGCACCCGCGCUGCGCUGAGCGACCCGGCCCGGCCCGGCCCUGCCCGGCCUCAUGUACCGCGCGCUGUAUGCGUUCCGCUCCGCGGAGCCCAACGCCAUGGCGUUCGCUGCAGGCGAGACCUUCCUGGUGCUGGAGCGCAGCAGCACGCAUUGGUGGUUAGCGGCACGGGCGCGCAGUGGCGAGACCGGGUACGUGCCGCCUGCCUACCUGCAUCGCCUGCAGGGCAUGGAGCAAGAUGUCCUCCAAGCUAUUGACCGGGCCAUUGAGGCUGUGCAUAACACAGCCAUGCGAGAUGGUGGCAAGUACAGCCUGGAACAGCGUGGAGUCCUUCAGAAGCUUAUCCAUCACCGGAAAGAGACCUUGUCUCGAAGGGGCACCUCAGCUUCCAGUGCUUCGGUCAUGACCCCAUCCACCAGUGACCACCAUUUGGAUGCUGCUGUAUCUAGGCAGCCCAAUGGGGUAUGUCGAACUGGAUUUGAACGGCAGCAUAGCCUGCCCAGUUCUGAGCAUCUUGGGACAGAUGGAGCCCUCUACCAGGUUCCACCACAGCCUCGACGAGCAGCACCUGCCACCCCACCCCCACCAGUGAAGCGCCGAGACCGUGAGGCCCUGGUGAUCUCAGGGAGUGGUGGCCGCACAACCGUGCCCUCUGGAGGUAGUUCUGUGUCUAGUGGUUCAUCAGCCAGCAGCAUCUCCAUGGACACACUCUAUACUGGUUCCAGCCCCUCUGAACUAGGUCCCAGCUGCUCACCCACACCCCCGCCUGUACCUCGCAGAGGUGCCCACACUACUGUGUCCCAGGCCCAGCCCUCUCCCUCCAAGGCACCAUCUCCUGAGCCCCCUACAGAGGAGGUGGCAGCUGAUACAAACUCAGCCGCUGAUGACCUGAAAGCUCUGGAUGCCCCGAGCCCAGAGACUACAGAGGAAAAGCCAGCUGCUGAGACAGUUGUGCCAAGGACCAUUGGGGCAGAGCUGAUGGAACUUGUACGGAGAAACACCGGUCUGAGCCAUGAAUUAUGUCGUGUAGCCAUUGGUGUCGUGGUGGGUCACAUCCAGGCCUCCAUACCAGCCAGCUCACCUGUCAUGGAGCAGGUCCUCCUCUCGCUGGUAGAGGGCAAGGACCUGAGCACAGCCCUACCCUCAGGGCAGGUCUGCCAUGACCAGCAGAGACUGGAGGUGAUCUUUGCAGACCUGGCCAGAAGAAAGGAUGACGCCCAGCAGCGGAGCUGGGCGCUAUAUGAGGACGAGGAUGUCAUUCGCUGCUAUCUGGAGGAGCUGCUGCAUAUCCUGACGGAUGCAGAUCCUGAAGUUUGCAAAAAAAUGUGCAAAAGGAGUGACUUUGAGUCUGUCCUAGCCUUGGUGGCCUAUUACCAGAUGGAACACCGAGCGUCACUACGGCUGCUGCUCCUCAAGUGCUUCGGGGCCAUGUGCAGCCUAGAUGCAGCUAUCAUCUCCACGCUGGUGUCUUCCGUGCUGCCUGUGGAACUGGCACGGGACAUGCAGACUGACACACAGGACCACCAAAAGCUCUGUUACUCCGCCCUCGUCCUGGCCAUGGUCUUUUCCAUGGGAGAGGCAGUGCCCUACGCACACUAUGAACACCUAGGCACACCCUUUGCCCAGUUUCUUUUAAGCAUCGUUGAGGAUGGCCUUCCGAUGGACACCACAGAGCAGCUGCCAGACCUCUGCAUGAACCUGCUUCUGGCUCUCAAUCUGCACCUGACAGCUCCUGACCAGAAUGUCAUCAUGGCUGCCUUAAGCAAACACACCAAUGUUAAGAUCUUCUCUGAGAAGCUACUUUUGCUUUUGAACAGAGGAGAUGAUCCUGUACGUAUCUUCAGACAUGAGCCCCAGCCACCACACUCUGUCCUCAAGUUCCUGCAGGAUGUGUUCAGCAGUUCCACCACAGCCGCCAUCUUCUACCACACAGACAUGAUGGCGCUCAUUGACAUCACUGUGCGCCAGAUCGCAGACCUGUCACCUGGAGACAAGCUGCGCAUGGAAUACCUCUCCCUGAUGCAUGCUGUGGUCCGCUCCACACCCUACCUGCAGCACCGUCAUCGGCUGUCAGACCUGCAGGCUACACUGCGACGCAUCCUGACUGAGGAAGAGGCCUCACCCCAGUGCCAGAUGGACCGCAUGAUUGUCCAAGAGAUGUACAAGGAAUUCCCGGACCUGGGAGAGGUCCCCAGCUAGCACUUCUCUUUACUCCCUUCUCUGCAGCCCUGGGAGGGUGCAGAGAGCUCAGGGGCUUUGCUCUAAGGAUAUUUUGCACUGACACUGUGAGAUGAUAAAGGUUAGAAGGGACCCGAGCCGGGCCCCUUACCUGAAGUAGAGUCAGUGUAAGGGGCCAGAUGUAGGAUUGGGGACCACGGUCUGGGAGCUACAUUGGGGCAGCGGAAAUGUGCAAGCUGAAGACCUUCUAUUUGCUGGUAGGCUGCCUCUUCAGCAUGCCACCCCAUACCCAUACCCAUGUGCAUACCCAGAGUCCUGCUGUUGCUCCAGGCUGGGCCACUGCCAUCCCUACCCGCUGUCUGGUCUGAGGCUUGACCCUCAGCCGGCCAUGUCCUUAGGGUGAGGGAGGCGCCUUCUGCCAGCUUUGUUCUUUGCCUUAGCUUUGCAGUGAGUGUUGCUCAUGUGCAGCUCUUUCCACUAGAGGUCCACUAGGGACCUCUAUGCCCCAGCCCCCUGCUUUCAGCCCCAGAGGCCUUGGCCAGGCUGUUGCCUUGAAAGCGGGAUCCUAGAGACAUGCCAUCCAUCCUGCAGCCCCAUGGGACAAGAUGAUGGUGCUGAGAAAGCCAAUGAUAGAAUCUAUUUUCUCUGGAAAAAAAAAAAAAAGUAGGCCAAAAGCCAUCUGUAUUUUCCUAUGUACUACAGCUCACCUUCAAAAAUAAAUCACAGACACACCAGUA